GAUAUACUGCGAUUCUUCACAUUUUUAUCUGUCUGCUGGUCAUCGACCGACUUGGGGAAUCUUUUUUUCUUUCUUUUUUCCAAAGAGAUAGAGAGGAAUGGGGAUGAGGGUACAUUUUUCGUUGUUAUUAUUGGCAGCAGCGGUGCUGGUAGUAUCAGCCUUCACUCCCGUAACAAUCCCAGAAGUCGGCACGAACUCACAGGAGAAAUGGUGGAAAGUGAAGAAUGGGAAUGGCGGUUCGGGAGCAGUGGGGAAUAAUAAUAACAACAAUAAUAAUAAUGAUAGCGGUGAUAACAACAAUAGUGACAGGAGGAGGGAUGUCGGAGGAUGGAGUAUGAAGAUUCGGAGGAUGGAGUAUCCAGACGAUGGAACACAUCCUGAAAUCCGCCAGGUGCGAGCUGCGAAUGCGGCAACUUACAAGUACCGUCGGCGCGGAAUUCCAGGACCCGAGGUCGAUGGCAUGCAGGCGCUCCGGGAUGUUGAGGACUCACUACGGAGGAGGGGGUUACUAGAGAAGCGACAGACCAACAGUGGUCGAGUCGUUACCAUCGGUGCGGGGCAGACCGCCUCCUCUACCAACGGGGUGAUUCCUGCCGCUACGCCAAGGACCCCGAACUCAAUAGGCGUGGGGCAGGACGGGAGUGAUUUGUCAUACUUCUCCGAAAUGAAAUUCGGCUCGAACAAUAAGUCCUUCGUCCUUGUGAUCGACACUGGCAGCUCAGACACCUGGAUCCCCUCCGACACUUGCAGGUCCCGCGCCUGCCAAGCGCACACGAGGUACGGCGCCAAGGACAGCAAAACCCUCCUCAUGAGCACGCGACCCUUCAGCAUCCGCUACGGCAGCGGGCAGGUAGAGGGAACGCUAGUCUCCGACAGCAUCUCGUUCGCAGGGUUCAACAUGAACAUCUCUUUCGGCGUGGCGACCAGGGUGUCAGACGACUUCAUCUUCUUCCCCAUAGACGGCAUAAUGGGCCUCGGCUUCCGAGACGCGAGCACGCAGGGCGUACCGACGGUAAUGGACGAACUCGUCAAUAACGGCCUCAUCGACCAGAAGCUGUUCGGCAUCGCGCUCGCGCGGAGCACGGAUGCGGUGAACGAUGGGGUGAUCAAUUUUGGCGCGAUAGAUGCUAGCUUGUUCGAGGGGGAGCUCAACUUUAUGCCCUCCGUGUCACAGCUGGGGCUCUGGGAGAUCAAGGUUGAUGAUGCGUCGGUUGAUGGGCGAGGGGCUGGGUUCUCGGGACGCACGGCUGUCAUCGAUUCCGGGACUUCGUUGAUACUUCUGCCCCCCGCUGAUGCGCUAAAGUUGCACUCGAUUAUCCCGGGCGCGGAGACGAACGGCGACAUCUUCGCCGUGCCGUGCGAUACCACCUCGAACAUAGAAUUCACCUUUGGCGGUGUGAAGUAUAAAGUCCCACCGAAAGACUACGUCAGCGGGAGGAUCAACGCGGGGCAGAACAUUUGUCAAUCUCUAAUCACCGGCCGACAAAUCCUAGGAAACAACAUGUGGCUGCUCGGUGACGUAUUCCUGAAGAACGUAUACUCCGUCUUCGACCUGGGAAAUAGUCGCGUCGGCUUCGCCCCACGCAGAAAAGCCGGCAGUCCCCCACCCGUUUCGAGGCCUACCGGUACCGGCACCUCCUCCGCCACCUCGCCACCCGGUGGCGACGCCAGAACGAGUAACAUCCCCUCACCAACCACCACGUCCCGUCGCGAGCCGGCUAUCACCCGCGAUCCGAGAAUCGGGAAUGCGGCGCCGUUCGAUAAUCCUGAAUCGGCUGCUAUGCGGAGAUCUGCCGCGUCGGUGGUUGGUAUGGUGGUUUUGUGCUUCGUGGCGGUUUUUGUUGUGGUGGGGCUGUAGGUGCCGGUAGGGUAUUAUAGUCUCUUGUUUUAUUUUUGUUUUGCAUUAUUGUCAUGGUUUUGGUUGGGCGCGCGGGGGGUUUUUUUUGGAGUUUUUUUCGGAGUUUUUAUUUAUUUCUUAAGCGGUGUUUGGGUGGUAUAUAUAUGGGUGGGUGGGUGGUGGCGUGGGAAGGGAUGUGA